AAAAAAAAAAAAAAAAGGAAGAAGAAGAAGAAGAAGAAGAAAAGGCCAUGGUACCUACAAAGCUCCUUUUCCUUCUUCUGAUAUUUGUUUCUUCUUUCUUCCAAACACCCACAUUUGCUAGCGAGAAGAAAUCUUAUGUGGUGUAUUUUGGAGCCCAUUCCCAUGGCUUCCAACCUUCUUCAUUCGACUAUGAACAUGUCACGAGCUCCCACCGUGAGUUCUUGGAAUCGUUUGUCGGGAGCAAAGAGAAGGCGAAAAAUGCCAUCUUCUACUCCUACACGAACCAUGUGAACGGUUUUGCUGCGAACUUAGAAGUGGACGAAGCCAAUGAGAUAUCAAAGCAUCCGGACGUUGUAUCGAUUUUCUUGAACGAGAUGGUGGAGGUACACACGACUCGGUCGUGGGAGUUCCUGGAACUAGAGAUGAACGGUGAGAUUCCUGACGGAUCAUUAUGGCGGAAGGCGAGGUUUGGUGAGGAUAUCAUUAUUGGUAAUCUUGAUACUGGCGUUUGGCCGGAAUCAGAGAGCUUCAAUGACGAUGGAAUGGGGCCCAUUCCAGCGAGGUGGAAGGGAUCAUGUGAUAGUGAGGGCGGAGUUCGCUGUAAUAGGAAGCUGAUCGGAGCGAGAUACUUUAAGAAAGGCUAUGAGGCCCGACAUGGCCCAAUCAACGCCACACUCUCAACGGCACGUGACACCAAUGGCCAUGGGACCCACACCCUCUCAACGGCCGGCGGUCGCUUCGUCCCUGGAGCAAACAUCUUCGGUUAUGCCAACGGUACAGCGAAAGGCGGAUCACCCAGUGCCCGUGUGGCAGCAUACAAAGUCUGCUGGCCCAGCUGCUCCGACGCGGACAUCAUCGCAGCCUUUGAUGCCGCUAUCCAUGACGGCGUCGACGUCUUAUCCGUCUCCCUUGGUGGGCCACCCCGUGACUACCUUAGAAGUGGUAUUAAGAUAGGAUCGUUCCAUGCUGUCAUGAACGGUAUCCUCGUCGUCUGCUCGGCCGGGAACUCGGGCCCACGUAAUGGAACAGUUUCGAAUCUGGCCCCUUGGAUCAUGACUGUAGGGGCCAGCACAAUGGACAGGGAAUUCCCAUCAUACGUUCAGCUCGGCAAUAACAAGCGCAUCAAGGGACAGAGCCUCUCGACAACAGCCCUUCCUGCCGACAAAUCGUAUCCAUUGGUCAUAUCCAUUGAUGCUGUAUCCACCAAUUCAACGGUUUCUGAUGCCUUUUUCUGCCUACCGGAGUCCCUUGAUCCUCAGAAGGUAACAGGAAAGAUCGUUGCCUGCACCGCUGGAUUAAUCACUAGUGUAGAAAAGGGCAAUGAAGUCAAACGGGCGGGUGGUGUGGGGGUGAUAAUAAUGAAUGGGCCCCGUACCGAAGUACAGGCCCACCCUCACGUCCUCCCAGCCACAGAUAUCGCUGGGGACAGCCAAGUUGCCAUAUUGUCCUACAAUCGAUCCACUGUAUUGCCAAUGGCUUACAUUACGCGGCCAACCACAGAGCUCGGAACUAAGCCCGCACCAACCAUGGCUGCAUUCUCAUCACAGGGGCCCAAUUCGAUCACACCAGAGAUUCUCAAGCCGGAUAUUACCGCACCAGGAGUCAAUGUCCUUGCAGCCUACACCCAGUUCACCGGACCUAGCAAUCUCCCUUCCGAUCCACGUCGAGCUCUCUUCAGCAUAAUAUCUGGGACGUCCAUGUCUUGUCCUCAUAUUGCUGGCAUUGCCGGCCUUCUCAAGACGGUCCACCCGGAAUGGAGCCCAUCAGCGAUCAGAUCAGCCAUCAUGACCACUGCACAAACAGAAGACAACAUAGGAGGGCCCCUGAGCAACUCUUCCUUAUCUAGGGCCAACCCUUUCAGCUACGGUGCAGGACAUGUGGAUCCAAACCAUGCCGUGGACCCUGGUUUAGUGUAUGACCUAACCAUCGAGGACUACUUGAAUUUCUUAUGCGCCAUCGGAUACAACCAGACCCAGUUUGCAAAUUUUACCCAACAACCAUACUCAUGUAGUCCCAGUUCCCUAAAUCUCUUGAACUUCAAUUAUCCUUCUAUAACCAUUCCAGAUCUCGCUGGCGUCACCACCGUGAGCCGGACGGUAAAGAACGUGGGCCAACCAAGCACGUAUACAGCCCACAUCGAUUCUCCGUCAGGAAUUUCUGUGUCGAUCGAGCCCAUGAGCUUGAAAUUUGAGAAGAUUGGUGAAGAGAAAACAUUCAAGGUGAGUCUACAGGCCAAGGAAGGUGGUGUGGCUAGUGAAUAUGUAUUUGGGAAGCUGAUAUGGUCUGAUGGUAUGCACUACGUGAGGAGUCCUAUAGUUGUGAAGACAGCAAAAGUUUGAAAAGGGGUUGGAUUUUCUUAAUGGCUUUGGAUUGUGGUUUUUGUGAUUGUACAAGUUCAUGUCUAGCUUGAAUUAUUAAGCUAAGGCAGAUAUUAUCCUCUCUAUGUAUAAGUAUGAAUUUCCUUAA